GAAGCAGCAGUGUACAAAAGUAAGCGCCCUGGCCCCCGAAAUUUUAGAGCCAAGUUACUUCUCGACCCCGAGCUUGUGCGCGCAAUUGAGGUGGUGGAUUCGAUCUAAUCGGCGUUGUUUUCUGCAGAAUUGUGUUUCUGUGCACAUCGUUGGGGUUUCACGUUGUGGGUUUUGGUUUCGUUGGAGUAAUUGCGCUUACGGACUGCGGAGGAGUAUAAGCGUCGCCGCCGCUGCUGGUGUUGGUGCUGGUGCUGCUGGUUUCUGUUGUUGGUGACGGGCGGAGAUGGAUCCUCACAAUAAUAACCCCUAUCCUCCUCAAAACCCUGGGGAUUCGUAUCCCCCUCAAGUGUCCGCCAUGGGCUACCCGCCUCACAACCCCAGCGAAGAUGAGAGCCAAGAUAGAGGCUUAGGCAGUCAGAUUGUGCACGGCUUGACCCAACAAAUUGGCCAUGGCCAUGGACAAGGACAAGGACAACAUGGCUACCCACCUCAGGGCUAUCCGCCUCAGGGUUAUCCACCGCAAGGCUACCCACCGCAAGGUUAUCCACCUCAGGGUGGCUAUGGUUACCCCCCUGCGGCACCUCCAGGUUACCCGCAAACCCAUGGUUCACAUGGUAGCUCACAAAGUGGUUCCCAUGGAGUUGGUGGAGUUGGGGGAAUGGUAGCUGGGGCUGCUGCAUUGGCAGGUGCCUAUGGUUUGUACAAGGCAGGCUCUGGUUCACAUGGUGGCAAACAUAGCUCACAUGGUUUAAUACCCAACAUUCCCGGCAUGGUCGGUGGUCAUGGUGGUGUCAAAUAUGGACAUGGAAAAUUUAAGGGCGGCAAGCACGGUAAGGGCUGGGGUGGCAAGAAGGGCAAGGGACACAAGCACGGGAAGGGAUUUGGAAAGCUCGGAAAGGGAUUUGGAAAGCUCGGAAAGAAAUGGAAAUAGAGUGGCAACAAUGUACACCUACAAACCUGAAGUAUCAUCUUCUGUUCAACAUCCCAAGACCAGUAUCUUAUAGUUAAAGACUUCCUAUUCCGUCCAUGAUUUUCUUCAGUGUGCAUGUUUUAGAGCCGGUUAUGAUUCCUUGCAGUCAGAGUAGACGGUCAUUCCAUAUUCUCAGCCUGGUAACGAUUGAGCAUUCAGCUGGUAGAACCGGGUCAGCAUGAAAUGGCUGUACAUAGCGUGUGAUAUAUCUGUUUUUUGCAGCUGUGACGUCUGUACAGAGUUUGUUUGAUUGGAACUUUAAUUUGGUCUCACCCACAAAGCAGUUUCGUAGGAAUUGCUUCAGCUUGUCCUACUGCUCGUCCACACUGGAGCGCGCUUGGUUGUGAUAAUCAUGGCUCUUUGCACGAGUAUCUAACUGCAUGUUUGUGCGAUUCUGUAAAACGUAGUAUCCAAGUAAUUAGGUAGUGAGCUCAUAGGCAACGAUCACAGUUGUUACGUUCCUAGUUUAGUUGAUUCGAACACUCACUUCAUCAUUAUUAUUUUUAUUUUUAUUUUGCCUUGAUAACGUUACUCUUAACAACGCAACUUAAUUUUUGAUUA